UGGGAGGCAGACAAGUACUGCUUGGCUGGGCAAGAAGCUUGUGGAGGAGCAGAGUGAUGAGGGAAAUUUGAAUCUAGUGCGCUCCAACGUUCGAGUACUCUCAGGGAUCCUCGUGAUUCAUCAAACGGCCACGAAUUUCCAUGUGAACUUCUUCACACACUCGCUCUCAGCUGCCUUCUAUCAAAAUUCUCCUUCCUUUCUCCCGCAAGCUUUUCUCUCAUGCCACUAUAAAUUCCUUAUUCCUGCAUGCACUUCUCCAACAAAAUCAUCAUUCUCACUCGCUUCUCAUCAUCAUACCUUCCUGUCUACGUGAAAGUAUAGAAUAAACACAUGUCGGGACUGAUCCCGACUUCACUGGAAAACUAGAUUCCGCCCAUAUUUUUCCGCUUUUAACUUCGAUCUGAUCGAGACCCACCUUCCAAAAUGCAAUUAUGGAAUUGGGUUUUCGACCUUCUGCUGGUAUGUUCAGUGUUCCUCUGUCAUCUAUCAGAGAAUGUUGCCCAGACAACAUCGGAAUCUCCAAUCUGCUCUGAAGAAGACAGGGCUUCUCUUCUUGGCUUCAAAGCCGGCAUCUCGCAGGACACGACAAAUAGCCUUUCUUCAUGGACGGGCAGGGAUUGCUGCGAUGGUGGCUGGGAAGGAGUUGAGUGCAAUCCAUCCACGGGUCGAGUCACCACAUUGCAAUUGCAGAGACCUGAUAGUGAUAGGGACAGUGGCCUUUACAUGAAGGGCACUCUCUCUCCUUCACUGGGCAAUCUGCGUUUCUUGGAGGUACUGAUAAUAAGUGGGAUGAAGCACAUCACAGGCCCAAUUCCUGAGAGCUUCUCAAAUUUAACUCGCCUCACUCAACUGGCUUUGGAGGAUAAUUCCCUUGGAGGGACCAUCCCUCCAAGUUUAGGUCGCUUACCCUUGCUUCAGACUUUUUCACUCAGUGGGAACCAUCUGAAAGGGCAGAUUCCUCCGACAUUAGGGAAUUUCAGAAGCCUGGUCCAACUCAAUUUGGCAAGAAAUUUUCUGUCAGGUCCUAUCCCCUUGUCUCUCAAAACUCUUCAGAAUCUGCAGUACCUUGAUGUUAGCUGUAAUUUAUUAUCCGGGGCUAUCCCAGAUUUUGUGGGGCAGUUACGAAAUUUGACCUUCAUUGAUCUUUCUGAUAACCAGUUUAUAGGGAGAAUUCCUCUUUCCUUGUUUAACCUGGCCAAUCUUUUAGACUUGUCCUUGAGCCAUAACAGGCUCACCGGGGUCAUCCCAGAUCAGAUUGGAACCUUGAAGUCCUUGACCAGUCUUAAGUUAAGUGGCAAUCAGCUCACUGGUCAUCUUCCACUGUCCAUAUCAAGAUUACAGAACCUUUGGUACCUUAAUUUAUCUAGAAACGCAUUCUCUGAUCCCUUACCAGCUAUCCCUAGCAAGGGUAUCCCUUCUCUUUUAUCAAUAGACUUGUCCUACAACAAUCUCAGCUUGGGAAGUGUUCCCGAUUGGAUCAGAACGAAGCCACUGAAGGAUGUCAGUUUAGCUGGGUGUAAAUUGAAGGGAAAUCUCCCUAUCUUCGUAAGACCUGACUCUUUGAGCACCAUAGACCUCUCAGAUAACUACUUGGUUAGUGGCAUUUCAGGUUUCUUCACAAACAUGUCCAGCCUGCAAAAGGUCAAGCUCUCAAACAACCAGUUAAAAGUUGACCUUUCUGAAAUCAAAUUGCCCACAGGGGUAUCUUCCAUUGAUUUGCAUGCAAAUCUGCUAGUGGGUUCAUUAUCAUCAGUCAUAAACAGCAGGACAAGCAGCUCUUUGGAGGUUUUAGAUGUAUCAGGAAAUUCGAUUUCAGGAAAAAUUCCAGAAUUCAUUGCGGGCUCAACAUUGAAGGUCUUAAAUAUAAGAGGCAACAAUAUAUCAGGUCAAAUCCCUGUUUCAAUCUCAAAUUUGAUUGAACUGGAGAGAUUUGACAUAUCAAGGAACCACAUAUUGGGAACCAUUCCUCCAAGUUUAGGAUUGUUGCUGAAGCUGCAAUGGCUUGACCUGUCUGUAAAUGGACUCACAGGAAAAAUCCCUAGCACUCUGUCACAGCUUGUUGGUUUAAGGCAUGCAAGCUUCAGGGCAAACAGACUUUGUGGAGAAAUACCACAGAGUAGACCAUUCAACAUCUUUCCUCCAGUUGCUUAUGCUCACAAUCUUUGUUUAUGUGGCAAACCCUUGCCACCAUGCAAGGGAAACAGAGAUGAGAAGAUGGGUCAGUGAGGUGCUGACUUAAUCAGCCUAGUUCAAAUGUUCAUGCUUUGUGACCAUUGCCAUAUCAGCAUUAGGCUCCACAUUGAGUCAAGAACUACCUAUCUAGUCAUAUUUUUCUCCAUUCUGAGAUUACCAAAUUGGUAGUGUUCCAUUUUAUAGUAUUAUAUUAUUUUAAUAAAACUCCCCACACUGUUGUAUCUUUUUACUUUCUUAAUCAAAUUAAGAUGUCACGUGUUAUAGUUAAAUGUUAUUAUUUUAUUAAAAAUUUGCCACAUCAUGUAGCACGAGUCUAGCUUUGUGAUAAUAAAGCAAAAAUAUAAAUUUCAAUUGUACAAGCUAACGCAAUAAUAUGUACUUCGCCAAGGCCCCAUUGCAUCUUA